UUGCAGCAAAGGAUCAUCUCGGAUCAAUGGGGAGGACCAGCACGAGACUAACGGGAUUCUGCUUGAGCAGUGUCGCCACUCGCGUCAAGCUCCCGUCCCCGCCGCCGAUCAAACCGAGGCCUCUCUACCGUGAGAAGCUGAUGGUGGGUGGAGCUAAGGAAGCGACGGAGGGCGGUCGGAGGAUCAUGGUCGUCGUCGACCGGAGCCCCGAGGCCAAGGCUGCUCUGCAAUGGGCGCUGUCGCACUCGGUCCGUAGCGACGACACCGUCGUCCUGGUUCAGACCGUGAGGCCUUCCUGUAAGCACGGUGAGAGAUUGCAGAGGGAGAGAGAUCCAAAAGGCUUGGAGCUCCUGCAUGCCAUGAAGAGCAUUUGCCGAGCGAACAAACCUGAGGUGCAGGUUGAGAUGGCGGUGGUGGAAGGGGAAGAACGAGGGCCGGCGAUCCUGGAAGAGGCGAGGAAGCAGGGCGCCUCCCUGCUCGUCAUGGGGCAGAAGCACAGCUCCAUGGCGUGGCGAUUGAUCACGGCGUGGGCAGGCAACAAGGCCGGCGGAGGCGACACCGUCGACUACUGCGUUCGGAACGCCGCUUGCAUGGCUGCCGCCGUGAGGAGGAAGAGCAGCAGAGGCGGCGGCUACUUGAUCACCACCAAGCGGCACAAGGACUUCUGGCUUUUAGCUUAAGCUUCUUCGUCUGCGUUCGAGGUCUGUGUAUGCUACGCUCGUUGCCGUCCUCCAUCACCAUUGCUGCUGUACGAUACACAGUCUUACAUUGGCUCUCUGCUACCAAAGUGUACCAAAGCUG